AUGAUCCGUUACGCCAGCUAUACGUGCGGAUUCAAACAUAAAGUUUUGGAGCACGCCAUUGAACAUGGCAACCGCGCAGCCGCAAGACAUUUUGGCGUCGACGAAGUGCGCGUCCGGUUUGUGGCCAACAAGUCUUCGAUGCGGGAGUGUGCUUUGCUCUUCAACAUGGCAGACUCAACAGUGUUGGCCGUGAUAGACAGGGUGCUGGACUUUCUCUGCAGCAUUGCUCCAGACAUAAUAUGCUUUGCUGCUGACAAAGGUGCCCUGGCCAACGACUUCAAAAAACGUGCAGGCUUCCCCAACGUGAUUGGAUGCGUCGACGGCACUUACAUACCCACACGAUGUCCAAAUAACAAGACAAGAUCAACCUACAUAAACAGGCAUGAUCAAGUCUCCAUCACAAUGCAAGGGAUAUGCAACGCGAAGGGGAGGUUUCAGGAUGUACUUACAGGACCACCCAACAAAGUGCAUGAUGCUCGUGUCCUCAGGCUGUCGGUCGUGCAGCAGGAUUUGACCGCCAUUUGUGCAGUUAACAAAUACCACCUAUUAGGAGAUGCAGCUUACCCCAUCAGAGAGCACUUGCUGACACCCUUCAAAAAUUAUGGAACCAUGACGAAAGCUAAAGUCGAAUACAACCAAAGACAUGCUUCAACAAGGGUGGUGAUCGAAAAUAUUUUCGGUAUGUUGAAGCAGAGGUUUCGGCAGCUGCGGUAUGUGGAAUUCACGACAGUCGACAAGAUUACCCGGCUCAUCAUAGGGUGCUGUGUCUUACACAACAUUUGCAUGGAUGCUGGUGACAUGAGUGUUAAAGACAUCCUGACUGGUGAAGAGAGAAGAGAACGAAGGGAAGACAUUGCCCUUCAUGCCAGGAAAAGUCGAGCGGAGCUGGAGGUAGUUCGGCAGCCAAAGACUGCACGUGACAACGUACUCCGCCAGCUCGGCGAAACAAAGAGGAACACCAUAGCACAGCUGUUCUGA